AAAAAUAUAAAUAAAGGAUGAUAAAUGAUGUAUACAAUAUUAAAUUAUUAAAUAGAAAAUGAUAUUAAACAUGUUUAUUUAAGUAUUAAAAGACGCACAUUUAAAAAGUUAAAAUGUAUGAUGAAUUUAAAAAAAAAAAAAAUAGAGAACUAUUAGUUCACGAGAACCUUCUAACGUGUAGACGUGUAGUGUAGUAGCCCCAAUGAUUUUAUUUUUACCGUGUGUAUGGUUUAAUGGUUUGCCUUGGCUCGGGAGGGGUUACGGUGCUAAUUGUACAAUAGUUAGCACCGUUCUAACCAAGGGAAAAACUACUAGUAGUUUGAAUUAGUAGUGAUUUUAUAAUAAUCCGUAGUGAUUUCGUUAUUUUUAGUAGCGUUUUUUGCUAGUUAUCACGGUGCUAACCCCUAUAAGGGUUAGCACCUAAUCCCAUCCCGCCUUGGCUCCUGGGUGGGUGGUUGGGGUAGGUUGAAACUUGAGACCGAACCAGCAGAGAAGCGAUGGCUGGGCCCCAAAAUCAAAGCGGGCAGACAAAAGGCCGACGGGGAAGCCCACUAUCACGUGGGCAUGGAGGAGCAGUCCGUACAACUUCCCCAGCGCGCCAAUGGGGCCCAAGUUUUUGGGGCGAAUCAGGCCUCCCACGUGAGCCCACGCUCCCUCCCACCCCCACCUUUCCCUUUCUCUUACGUCACCUUUUUUAUUUUAUUAUUAUUUUGCCAUAACGCAUUAUUUUAUUUAAUAAAAAGAAAAUGAAAUCAUACACUUGAGUUUCAGCCUUUUAGGUCAUCACCUAUAUUAAUGUACAGUAUUAUUAUGGUGUUGGGGCGUACAUGUUCAAGCUUUGAGGUAGCAAAUUGUAAUUUACUGUGAACUUUUUUCUCUCAUAUCACUAGCCAGUUGUUUACAAAUAAGGAUGACUUGAUUAGGGUUACUGACCUCUAGUACUCUACCUGACUCUCUUCCAUCCAUAGAUGUGGAAGUAUACAGGGCUAUAUAUCUCUCUUACCAAAAAUAUUUUGUUAAUUACUGUGUUCUUUGCACUUUUCCACAUCGUAUUAGUAAAUCAUAUGAGAGAUUCAUGUUCUACGAUAUUGACAUGCACCUAAUUAACCGAAGGAAGAGUUCACGAACCUCAUGAUUAAAGCCUAAAGUGGCCCCAACAAUGAUGCUUAUGUUUGCACUUGCUUUCCUUCUCACCUUUUUUUUUCAUUUUGCUUUUUAUCAAAUACAUAUAACGCGAUCAAUCCAUAAACAAUCAAACAUUGUGGUUUGUCUUAUAACAUUUCUUUAAACCGAUAACAAGCGUAAAACGAACAUAAUAUAUAUCAAAUCGAGGAGGUGCGCGCGAAGGGGCAUGCUGCUAAAGCUAGGCAGAAGAUCGAUAAUAAAGAAAGAAUAUCAGUUGGAACUUGGAGCGAUCAGGUGAGCAAAUGGCGCAUGGCAUGGAGGGGAAUCAGAUCAGGUGGGAAUCUCAACUUAAAACUUGUAAUAUAUAGUAAUAAUUAACAAAUAAUAUUAUUGCAUAUAUAUAUAACCUGAAAGAAGCAAAAGAGUAUCUGUCAGCUGGAGCCCUGCAUGAAGCGGGAGAAAGGUGGAAGACAAAGAGAAAAUAAAGUCGAACAGGUAUUUCAGGAAAAAAGGCAUUUUUUUCCAGAUGGCAACUGGUGCAGUUAUUCAGACUUUACAGAGAGAGAGAGAGAGAGAGAGAGAGGGAAAGAAAGAAAGAAAACGACGGAAAGGGAAAACGAGAACCCAAGUGGGCAACAGCAGCAGCAGAGAGAGAGAGAACAGAGAACAGAACUGAUAGAUACUGCUGCUGAGAACAACAAACCUCGAGGGACAGUAAAAACCAAAUGAAAAGCCAGCGCCCAACUGAGCUGCAUGCUGCAGCCUGCAGCCAGAGAAGGAAGAUUGGUCUUUUUGGCUCAAGUAUAAACGGAGAAGUUUGGGCUAGAGAGAGAGAGAGAGAGGGAGCACUUCACGAUCGAUCGAGAUGAAAUUGAAGGAAUGAAUCAUUCAUGGACCAUGGCAAGGGUGGAGCCAGGAUUUCGAAACCGGGGAACCCGAAAAUAAUUAAAACAAAAUGUAUGUAGUCAAGGAGAAUCAAACCCGUGUACGUGCUUUAAAAGCACAAGUCAAGUCUGGCUACCAUUAGACCACAUGACUAUUACACGCAGAAUUUACGGACUAAGUUCUACUUAUAAAAUUUGUACUAAAUAUCCUUACGAUCCUAGGGGCCGAGACCAAUCCCGGGAGGGUCCGGGGCCCACCCUAGCUUGAGUGUAGCUCCGCUCCUAGUCACCAUGGUUGAUGGUCUAUAUGUAUAGUGAUAGUUGUUAGUUGUACAUAACUUUUGUUUUGAUGGAUGUCCUGUGAGUAGAGGAAAGAAAGUUCGGAAUUUGGCAUCACAACGAUCAGUUGAUCAAAUAUGUGUCGACAAUUUAUGUUUGCUAAACUUAUAUGUUACUUGUAGAGCUUCGUAUAUUUGAACCACCCUUUCUAAAAUGUGAACAAAAUCACCACGCUCGAGUCAAUUAUAAGCUUGCAGCCCGACGAUAACUUAUAACAGAGUCACGACAUUGAAGUGUUGAGUGGAUUUUCUGGUUUUUGGUCCACUUCCCUUUUUGAAAAAAUGUUACAUUAAUUGUCAUUUUCAUUGAUCAUAUAUAUAUACAACAUUCUUUUCACAGUGUUUUGAGAAUUCAAAAUCGAUAAUAUUAUAAAGCGAUUUAACUUCAAGUCUUUCUCCAAGAACAGGACAUUCGGCUGACUUCAAACAGUUUCAUAUACUCCAGUAACACAAUAAUUCACUCAAAACACCAAAGAGACCAUCACAUUGUAUAUAGAAACCGUUCUUGCUAGCUCUCCUACAUCGCAACUCUAUUUCCCCAAAAUUCUGGUUCACAUGCUCACCUAAUGGACGAAUGAUUAAAGGGGAAGACAAAGUGUUUAGCUUUCAAUCUCUUUAAUAUAUUAAUAAUUUUACCCCCCUCAUCCCUCCUACUAAUUAAUCCAAAGUAAAUGAUUAACAAUAAUUAAGCUCUUGAUCUUAAAGAUACUCUUUCUUGUUGGACUCUACCUGGGAGGAUAUGGUUUAGGGUUAUCAUCUCUAGAGUCUAGAUAAUCAACUAACUUAGACUCACAUAUUCCCACCUUUAUGAGGUUGACAACCUGCCAUUAGGUAAACUAGUCCUUGAUUUUCAAAACACAUGAUGAUAUUUCGUGUUUCUUUCUAUCGUUUCAUUUUAAAAACGAAUUUCAUGUUAUUGGUACAUGGAAAUUCGUGUCAUCAUCAUGAUAUCUUCACUGCUCAUAUAGUUCAAAAAUUCUUUGCCACCCUCAACUCUGCAAUACGUUUGGGUUACCCAUAAUAUAUUUGAUCCAUAUUUCAUGUCAAGUUUUGUUGGGCCUCUCAUAGAUAUUCAUACAAAUUAACUAUAUAUACAAAUGUAUUGUAAUAUCAUAUUUAGUUAACAAAAUUUCAUCCACCCUAUUACAUAAACUCUUAGAAUAUAU